CAAACCGCCUCGUGUUCUUACGUAAUCUCUCUUUCUCUCUCUGUCUUAGCUUAGCCCUAAUGGCUAAUUUGCAAUCUGCAAAGUUUUAAUUUUUCAAUUCAAAUUAGGCUUAUCUUUGUUUUGGGUCUUUGAAUUUUCAUUUAUUCCUUAAAAAAAAAAUCGAAAUUGAAGGGUAAAAGCGUGGGUUUGAGGAUCCAAUGGGUGGCCAUGGAGGUCUGAAUAUUCUUCCCCAGAAACGAUGGAAUGUGUACAACUUCGAUAACAGAGAGAAGGUCCGCAAAGAUGAAGAAGCCGCCGCUAAAGAAGAGCAGCUCAAGCGCGAGCAAUCUCGAAAACGCGAUACCGAAUUUCGUAUCGAACAGCUCCGCACCGCUCGUGGCUUGGCUCCUCUCAUCCAACCCAGCGAAUCCAAACCCAAGGAGACCGAACCCAAGGAAACCGAACCCAAGGAAUCUGAACCUAAGUCCGCUCACAUUAAUCUCUUUGAGGGAAUCAGGAUUUUUGAUCCCAUUAAAGGAGGGUUAGAGAAGGAGAAGAAGGGUGACACUGAAAAAAUUGAUGGGUUUAAUAAGAAGUUGAGGAGGAUGAUAAAGAAAGAGGAGCCUAAGGUUGUGACUGCGGAGGAUGAGAAGUACAGGUUGGGUUAUGGCCUUGCUGGGAAAGGAGUAAAGUUGCCUUGGUAUCUUGAGAAACCAAGUGAGAAUGUGAGUGGUGAGGGAGCAAGGGACUGUAAUGGGUUUUCUUCUGAUGAAGAAGAAGAGGGGAAGAAGAAGGGAAAGAAGACUUUGCAAGAGUUGAGGGAAGAACGGCUUAGAAGAGAAAAGCGGGAGAAGGAAAGAGAACGUGCUUUGGUAAUGGAGAAAAGCCAUAGGAGUAUUAGAGAUGGAGCUAAUCCCAGGCAUAGAAACUUCUCUUCAACCAGUGACAGAGAUAGAGAUAGGGACAGAGACAAAUACAAUCCCAGCCCCAAGCGUAGGAAGUUUUCCGGGAGGGUGUGACGAAACCAGGAUAACGGUGCAGGCUGUAGUUUCUUCAGUCCGGAAAACCCGAGUCCACUCCAUGGAUAAGGAGCAACUGCAUUUCUUGAUGAAGUUGGCAGAAAUUUGUACAUUUGACCACCCUUUAUGUGAUACGUACAUUGGGCAAUUUGCAGCCCUUCGUUUAUGAAGAAAUAAUGGAAGAAGAUGAAGAAUGCGUCUGGUGAAUUUUGUUCAAUUACUCUGGCUGCUGCUGACUCUUUGGAUUGGAGUAUUACCUAUCUUGAAUUACCAUCUUUUUGUUAUUUUAUGUUCACUGAAACUAUUUGUACCUUUGAAUUUGACUGCCGUGUGGCUCAUCGGUUCUUGUAUAGCCAAAUGCUUUGUUCAUCAAUUCACAGAUCAGAAAAUUAAAUAUAAAUACAGUUCAAUACCUUGUUACUUGACUUAA